AUGUCGGGCUGGGAAGUUCGGAUGUCCACCUCGCGCGGUCAGGCGUACUUCUUCAACCCGGAGACACGGGAGUCGACGUGGGACGCUCCCGAGGGAUUGAAUGAGGACCAGAUAAAGACUCUCCCAGGUGCGCAGUACCUCAACCGCCCCGCCCAGGUGCGCGCGAGCCACCUCCUCGUCAAGCACUCGGGCAGCCGUCGGCCAAGCAGCUGGAAAGAGCCCAAUAUUGUUCGUUCGAAGGAGGAAGCGAUCGAGAUCCUCAAAGGUUACGCCUCUGAGAUCAACGGUUCUCCCGAGACGUUCGCGGAGCUGGCUUCGCAGCACAGCGACUGCAGCUCGCACGCGCAAGGUGGCGACUUGGGCUUCUUUAAACCUGGUCAGAUGCAGAAGCCUUUCGAGGACGCAACCUACGCGCUCAACGUCGGUCAAAUCAGUGACAUCAUCAGCACCGACAGCGGUGUCCAUCUCAUCCUGCGCACUGCUUAA